CGGGCUGUAGGUGGCGCAAACGUGGCCGCAAAGCGGGAGCUCGGUAGCACAGGCCCGAUAAGUAGAACUCCGAUCUGGACUAUGGCUAGGCGAUUGAUUGCUUCUGCCUGAUGACGUAUUUUGACUGCGUCCGUUGUGGUCUUUCUAGCCAUGGCGCCGGUAAGGCCGGCUGCAAGGUGGCGAACAGAGAGUUUUGGGACGCAUGGUGAAGGAGUUUCACCGGUUGGAUUCAGAAAUAAGAAUGUGAAACACAGGACGUGGCGAUCUAACCAUGCGCAGGCCUUCGUGGGGAGCGUUCGCGAAGGACAAGGCUUUGCAUUUCGAAGAAAACUAAAGAUCCAGCAAAGUUACAAGAAAUUGCUAUGGAGAGAAAAGAAGGCUCAAACCUCACAGGAAUCCCAAUUCACAGAUCGAUACCCCGAUCAUCUGAAACAUCUCUAUUUAGCUGAAGAGGAAAGACUCAGGAAGCAAGUUAGAAAAUUUAAGCAGCCUUUGUUAGAACAAGUUGACCAGCCUCUGUCAGAAGAACAAGUUACUCAACCUUUGCGGGAAGAGCAGUGUAGCACUAACCAAGCUUUGUUUGAAGAACAUUGUAGCAUUGAGCAGCCUCAGCCAGGACAACAGUGUAGCGUAAGAGGGAACUCCAUUACUAUUCCAAAGAAGAAUAAAAAGAAAACGUCAAAUCAGAAAGCACAGGAAGAAUAUGAGCGGAUACAAGCUAAGCGUGCUGCUAAGAAAGAACUUUACAGUUUGUGUAAUUAAGAAAUCUGGAAGUUAAACAUCUAAAAUUCUUACAAUUAUUCUUAAACCGAUGGCAGACUAGGAUGAAGGAGGAACAUUCUCCAUGGCAAAACUGGACCUUUGUUGUAGUAUGCUUUUUUAUAACCAACCAUAUGAUAUCAGUCAACUUUGGAAAUAGUAUACCAGAUGAAAUAAGGACUAUUAUACUGUAAAACAAUAUUCUUUAAAAAUUUCCUUUAUGUAUGUAUAAAUGCUUUUUGUAUUUGUGAAAAUUGAGCAUCAGCUUCUCAUCUGUAAGAGGAAGAUGAAUUCUAGCAUAAAAAGUUUUGAAAGGAUGGAAUAUGCUAUGAUGUGUAUGAAAGCACUUUGUUAAUUAUAUCACCAUACCAACGUAAGGCUGUGGUAUUUGGGGGCUAUGUGUGUUACAGAGGAAAUUGAAAAAUAGUGCACAUGUUGCAUAAAGAACUUUUAAAACUUUCACAUUUAAUUAAAGAGUAUUGCAUUUCAAGCAGUGCUUUUCAGGUGUGUAUAUAACUGAAUUAUUUUUCCUUAAACUCAAAUGAAUUUGAGUCUUUAUCUUAGGAAAUCAAAUGAGCAUAGUAAUUCUUAAAAGAUCAAAUCAUAAUACCUAGCACAUAGAUGCAGUAUAUAGCUAAUAAGUGCUUCUUGAAUUAAAUCUGUCAGAUUGCAAAUUAGAAAGAACACCAGAUAUUCUGGAAAUGAAGAUUUUAGUGUUAUAUGGACUAGAUAACCUCUAAAAUCCCUUUUAACUCUUCAGUGGAUCUGAUUAAAUGAUGAAAUCAUUAGAUAAAUAUGCCUUCUCUUCUGUGCUCUAAUUUUAUUUGUAUACAAAUGAUUAAAACUGUUUAAUAACUUUACAUUAUUCUGUGUUAUAGCAUGUAUUGUAGUAUAAAAGCAAACAUGGUAUACUGCUUUACUUACAACACUUCAUAUUUUGUAAAAUAUAAAACAAACCUUAAGUGUUUGCAUGGUGGUAACUAUUUCAACAGAAUUAUUGAACAGUAUCUGCUGUUUGUUACUGGUGAAAAUUACAUAUGUUAAUAAUUGCAGGAAUUUGAGAGGAGAAAGCAAGAGAGAGAAGAAGCUCAAAGGCUCUAUAAAAAGAAGAAAAUGGAAACAUUCAAAAUACUGAGUAAAAAGACUAAAAAGGGCCAACCAAACUUGAAUUUACAGAUGGAGUAUCUUCUGAAAAA